GCCUAUGAGUCAAUGCUCAAGUCCAGGCAUACUAUACUAGUUCAGUACAUGUAAGCUGUACAAAUUGAUAGAGCUGAUUUUAGCAUUAUUACAACAGUAUGAUGCUAUAUUUUCAUUAACCUGGAUGCAGUUUGGGAUAUAUAACAUACACAAGUAGACUUGCAGCUAGCUAGGAUCAAGGAACUUAUCAGGCAUCAGGAAUUAAACAUAGCCGAUAUAUACAUGCUAUAGAAAAAGUCAUGUGGAAAUCAGAACAAUCACUGAUGACAUCUCUGGGUCCCGUCAGAGGGCACCACAAGAAAACGACUAACAAACAGAAAUAUGAACGAGACGUCACAAAAUCAUUUCUUCGUGCAGCACAGUUUGGCAGAACAAAAUGCAUGGAAACGUUACUUUGUGAAUUAUGGAAUAUGCCUUCACAGGAGGUGCUGAUGACCCAAAAUGCAGCAUUACUAACAGCUGCAAAAAAUGGACAGUUACGAUGUAUAAAACUGCUCCUUGAUCAAGGUAUCAAUGUGAAUGUCAACAAAAUUGACUGGAACAAGAACACAGCACUGAUGCACGCAGCGAGACAAGGCCACACGCAGUGUCUCAAGUACCUCAUCUACAUGGGGGCAGAUCUCAAAGUCCUCAGCGUUAACAAUCAGACUGCGUUAGAUGUUGCCUGUGAAGAGGGAAAACUGGCUUGUGUUAAAAUACUUCUCAAACAUGGCGCAGAGGUCAACAAAUGGCAAGAGUGUGGUGGAAAAAGUCCACUGAUGUAUGCCUCAGAGCAUGGCCAUCCAGAGAUUGUACAAUUGUUGCUUGAUUAUGGGGCUAUUGUAAAUGAAACUGAUAGAAACCAUAUGAAUGCAUUAGCAUAUGCAACUGUCAAAGAUAACAUUAAAUGUGUGAAAGUGCUGCUCGCACAUAAAGCCGAAGUGAAUAUUUCAUUUGGAAAGUUGAAUUCAACGCCACUGCACCAUGCAGCCAUGAAUGGGCAAAUGGAGGCUAUGGGCAUGUUGAUAGAGCAUGGCGCCUUUUUGGACAAGCUAGACAAAGAAAAGUGGAGUCCACUGAUGUAUGCAUUCGACAAAGAAAACCUGGAGUGCGUUAAGAUAUUGCUCAAACAUGGAGCUAGCCCCAAUGUAACGUACCAAGAAUUUGAUGAUAAACGCUCACUCCUGAUGCAUGCUAUUGAACUGAGACACACGUCACGUGUCGAGUUACUUCUAUCUGAGGGGGCCAACAUUAACCAGACUGAUGCUAAUGGAGCCACUGCUCUGCUUCACGCUGCCAAACAGUCAAAUAUUCCCUAUAUGAGAAUGCUUCUUAAUAAUGGAGCCCAUUUAAGUACAACUGCUUGCGACUUCUGUGGUUCAGCCGUCAACCUUUGUUACGACACAGAAGUGUUACAUCUUCUUGUAUUCUAUCUCGGUUGCUUUAAAUGCAAAUCUGAUAUUAAGAAGGACCAAUUGAAAUACCCGCUGCCAGAUGAACAGAUAGCUGAUACAGUGAGUAAAAUAUUAACAGAAACCAUGAGCUUAAGACAUCAGGCGAGAAUGUCCGCACGUCAGGCUUUAACAUCAAAGACACCUGGCAUCGGGGAAAAAUGUAACAACCCUAGCAAGAAUCACAUCACUGCUAAAUGGUUUAAUGAGAGUGUCAACACACUACCAUUGCCCAAUCAAGUCAAAGAAUACAUCAAGUUCAAAGAACUAUAAACACUAAAUUAUAAGAAUAGAGUUAGUGUAUAGUCAUAAUAUUUCCUUGGAAUAAGUAAAAUACAGGUGUAUUUAAAAUACAUCUAAUUUAUUACAUUGUAAGUACCACAAUUUGAGAAUUGAAUUUCUAAAUUAAUGAUAACACGCCUUUUGUAUUAUCAUGACAUUUUCCUAUAGUACAAGAGGAACACUCCAAGGUCAUAUUGAAUAGGUAGGUCUAUGGGGGGGGGGCUAUGAUUGAGCACCCUGGGUGAAUGUAUUGUAUUGGUGGAGUAAAGGAAAAUAUAUUGGCGAAUCCCGAAAAACCAAAGGUAUACAUCAGUCAGAGUCUUAUAACAAGUUUAUGGGUAAACAGUUUAGAGAUGUUGAUUUACCAAAAAUGAUAUUGUGUGAUUAUUAUAUAGUUGGAGCCGGGACUACAUGUGAUGUAGCAUGAUUUAUGUGUUAAAAAUUCUAGACAUACCCAUGAAUUUACCAUAGUAUUUACAUUUUAUGAUGUUAUUUAAUUAUUUAUUUAAUUAUUUAUACAAUUACUUAUUAUAAAAUAUAAUGCUAUUUAAUGUAUUGAUUUUACUGGAAUGGUGGGAGAGGGCAUAUAAAGUGUCUGAAAAAGGUUGGUGCCUUUAGACAAUGGGAUAUUGAUAAACUUCAUGUCACCAUAACAUAUGUUUACAUAAAAAUGUAUUUUAUAUUAAUAUAUUUCAGGGAUGGUUUGUUAAUUUUAAUGACUUUUAAAUUGUUGAUUUUAUUAUAGAUGUAUGUAAUUAAAUCACGGUACAUUGCACUCAGUAUAACUUAAACUACCUGUCACUAAAAUAUAUAUCUUAACACUGUAAUUUACAUACAGGAUGAUAUGAAAAAUAAUUUGUGUUUUAGCCAAAAUUUAUAUCUUACAAUAUAAUUAGGAAGACACCAUACAGGUUGACUGGACAAAACAGUCAGUGGGACUUUAUGUCAAAUACAGUUAGACCUGUGUAGAUUGAACGUUUUUUUGCCGAGAAAAAACAUUCAGUGUUGGGAGGUGUUCACUACAGAGGGAAAUUUAUACAGAAGUUGGUAGAGUAUUUGUGGGGGAAGAGUGUCCACUAGAGACAGGUGUAUACUAUAGAGGUGUUCACUAAAACAGGUUUUACUGUAUUUCAGUAUAUCAGAUAUGUUCACAGCAUCUUCAUUUUGCACCUUUAACCUUUGUAUUUUGAAGUUAUAACACCCUAUGUCUAGAAAAGUUAAAGGUUUGGAGAGGGGUCUUCUCGACUAAACAACUCUACAUUUAUGACUAAGACCAUUCUAUUAAUUAUUUAUUUUUAG